GCGUCCAUACCCCAGGACUCCCGAACGCCUACUGCCGCCUCCCUCCAUCCAAGGCCCGCGCCAUGGGCCGUUCCUACGGAGGUCGGGUACUGGCCGCGAUGACCCUACUGGGCAUCCCGGCCGCGGUGCUGGUCGCGCUGGCUGCGCAGCUGCUGUUCCAGCUCCAGGCAGGGCGCGCGGAGCUUCGGCGCGUACGCACCGACGGGCUGCACCCGGAGCUGGACCCCGAUGCCGGGCUACCUGAAGCUGCGGCUGGGGCAUUGCUGCCGCUGGCGACCGCGCUGGCCGCGCUGGCACAGGUCCUCGGGCUUAGCUGCUUGCUGCUCGCCGCGCUCUGUGGUCACCUGGGCGCCGAGUUGGCACGCGGGCCGGGGCCGGGCAGGUCGGACUGGUUUCUGUAUGACUGCCGCCUCCUCAGGCACUCAGCGCUUGGCCUGUUCUGCUGUGGGGUCUCCGUCUACUUAGCAGCACUGGCCAUCUAUGCCCUGCUGCUGUUCGAGAUCGAGGCUGGCGCAGCAGCUGCAUCCAUCCUGGGUUCAGGUGCCCUCAUCCUGGUGGCGAUAAUGACGCACACCCUGUUCCGGGCUGUUCAGGCCACUCGUCGGGGUCUCCGGGAGCUGUCUCCACCAUCCUUUGAAGAUGAGCCGGCCCGGCCUUCAGAAGACUCCAAAUCUGGUUGCAGAGCUCAGCCCCCGCAGGAUGAGGAAACGGAGACCCCAAUAGGGGCUGUGACUCACCAAGGGUCCCAUUUCUGAGCAUCAGAGUCUGGACUUGCACCCAGGUCUCGUGACCCCACUCCCAUGUUCCUGGAAGAAGGCUCAAGUCUUAGACUUCAACUCCCCGGCACUCCCUGAGGAGAUGCGGACAUUUGAACCUUGACUGUGGAGCUCAGAGCAGCCUAAGCCCAGGGGCUUUCAGGGAUGGCUGGAGUUUGGCUGUGGGUCCAAGGCUGAGUGUGUCUCCUUGCUGUGUCUGUUUCCUUAUCUGUAACAUGCAGACAGGGAAAGGGACACAGGAAAUACACACAAUAGGCCCUCAAUUUACAUUAGCCAUGUAUCCUACUUGUAUUGUUGCUGUGACCAAGACACUUAGGAAGCAAAGACUAACUGGCUCCCAGCUGCAGGCUGAACCCCCCUCAACUGUGUGUCUUAGUCAAUUAUUUCUGUCACAGAGAUAAAACACCCUGACCACAGUCACUUAAGGGAGCAAGGACCUAUUCGAUCUUGCAGUUCAAGGGUGUGGUUCAUCAUGGCAGCAAAGGAACAGGAGACGGCAGGUCAUGUGACCUCCUCAGUCAAGAAGCAGAGAGGGGGAUGAAAGCUGCCCUCAGAUCCCUGCAGUCCAUGGGCUGAUGCUGCCACCUUUAGGGUAGGCUGUCCCACCUCACUGAAGCCAACCUGGAAACUGCACACUAACAUGCCCAGAGGUGGUCUCUAAAGUGAGUCUAGAUCUGCUUGGGUUGACAAUCAGUGUUAACCUGCUGUCGCUGGCACACGUGUGAAGCAGGAGUCUGCCUCCUUAGGGAAUGGAAGAGGCCCA